UUUUUAUUUGAACCUCUUUUCCUUUCUCUUUCUCGAUCGUCCUUAGCAACGGUCAUUACAGUCCUUGACAGCGGUCUGUUCUACUGGAUUUACAACGUAUCACAUGUUCUGAAUUGACAAAUCAGAACUUUAUUUAGCCUCCAUAUUGUUUAUGGUUGAAUGUGGUCCGCAUACUUUUUUUGUAUUCAUAAGUGGGCCCUGAAGCACACAUGAAGCCUUGCCCAGAUUUGGGUUAACUCAUAGCAACAAGCUGCAACUAGCAGUCGCUCCACUUUUGAUUUGCUUUUGACAACAUGGACGAGUCAGACAGAAGAAUUGUUAUCUUGGGGAAAACUGGAGUUGGGAAAAGCAGCGUGGCUAACACCAUAUUUGGAGAAGAAGUAUUCAACAUUAAUGAUACAGCCAACUCUGAAACAAGUAAAUGUCAAGCAGAAACCAGAUCUGUCAAUGGAAGAAGCAUCACUCUGAUCGACACUCCUGGUUUCUUCGACACAAAUACACCAGCGGAGGGGUUGAAGUCUGAGAUAAUAAGGUGUAUCAUAGAGUGCGCUCCUGGGCCCCAUGCUUUUCUCAUCCUUCUUAAAGUGGAGAAAUUCACAGAGCAAGAAAUGGCUGUUAUCAGCACAAUAGACGAAUACUUUUCUGAAGAAGUCUUUAAAUAUGCAACAGUUCUCUUCACUCAUGGUGACGACCUCAAAAAAGGACAGACAGUUGAGGAGUAUUUCCACCAGAACCAGCAUGCGAGUGAUCUGUUGAAGAAGUGCGGAGGCCGCUGCCAUGUCAUCGAUAAUAAAUACUGGGAGAACAACCAGCAGGAUGAAUACAGGAGCAACCAGUUCCAGGUGGAGGAGCUACUCAAGACAAUAGAUGAGAUGGUAAAGGCAAACGAAGGAAGAUGCUACACCAAUGAGAUGCUACAAGCAGUGGAGGAAGAAAUACAACAAGAGGAGGAGGUGCUCAUUAAACAGUCAUCAGGAACCUUGUGUGACGACCCCUCCACACCACGUGGGGUGCUGUUUCUGUGUGUGCUUUGUGGGUGUGCUUAGGUUCACAGGUUCAGGUGCUGAUG